GACUUGGUCUCCAAGCCCGUAAAAGAAAAAAAAAGUCUCGUGGCAAUAUUGAGGAUGAAGAUGAGUGGAAGGAAUUUGAGCAAAAAGAGGUUGAUUACAGCGGCCUCAGAGUUCAAGCAAUGCAAAUAAGUGAAAAGGAAGAAGAAGAUAAUGAAAAGAGAGAAGAUCCAGGCGAUAACUGGGAAGAAGGUGGAGGUGGUGGUGGUAAUAUAGAAAAGUCUUCAGGUCCCUGGAAUAGAACAGCUCCGGUACAAGCAUCUCCUGCUCCAGUAAUUGAAACCCCAGAACCGGCAAUGACUAGUGGUGUGUAUAGGCCUCCUGGGGCCAGGUUAACCACAACAAGGAAAACACCACAAGGACCACCAGAAAUAUACAGUGAUACACAGUUCCCAUCCCUGCAGUCCACUGCCAAGCAUGUAGAAAGCCGGAAGGAUAAAGAAAUGGAGAAGAGCUUUGAAGUAGUAAGACACAAAAAUAGAGGUAGGGAUGAGGUUUCAAAAAACCAGGCCCUUAAACUUCAGCUAGACAACCAGUAUGCUGUGCUUGAAAAUCAGAAAAGCAGCCACACACAAUACAAUUAAAGAAUGGUCUUUGCUAACCCUUCUAAGGUAACUAGACCACAGCCAACCACCAUGAGCAGCCAUUUGUCACCUGAGCUCUGCUGGAUCUACAGCAACUGAUGCAGAACACUCAAUUUAAGGGACCAGCCUGAUUGCGCUAUGGAAGUUAAAGUGUCACAACUGCUCUUUGUAUAUUGGAUUUAGGAGAAUUUUCAUUGUUAUAUAAAGGUGUGAACUAGAUUCAGCAGUGUUCUUUCAUAAUUAUUCUGCAAAUACAAAAACACCUGCAGCUAGUGGUCAUUUCAAAAUCUUUUUAUGUUCAGAUACUGAGCCUUCGUAAGGGUUGACUACCUCAGAUUUGCUGCAUUCAUUGUGGACUUCAUGUGGAUCACAACUUCUGGAUAAGAAAGUUACAGCUAUUAAGUGUUGAUGUGAACCUUGAAACCAGCUCUACUGGAUUCCUAUCAGAAAUCCUGCAGGAAGUCAGCCAUCUGGGUUCUGAUCUGCUGUAAAAGAUGAAGAUUUAAGUGACCUUAAUUAACCUGUCCUGUACCCCACCCUUAAGGAAUACUCUGUAGUAGGCUGUGGCUAUAUUAGACUUCCUGGAACAUGCUGUUCUCAAAAGAACUGGUGUGUUCAGAUCAUCUGUGUAGGGCUGUGAUUUAUAAUUUAAACUCUUGUAUUCUGAGGUAACCACAAAUAAAAUUCAACCAAACUUGGGUCUGCUGAAUGAGAAAGGGGGUGGGGGAGGGAAUAAUCUUGUUUCUUUUAGUAAUUUUUUAUUUGGAUAGCGCUUUUUCUGUGUUCCAUAUUAAGGCCUUUUUUGCUUUGAAUUGGAAUAAGUUCUUUGACAGCAUAUUGCUUGGUUAAGUGAGUAACCUGAAAUAUGCAUUAGAAUUGUGAAAUGUGGUUUGAAUUUGCCAAUCCCUACAGUGGAACCAAACAGCCUUUUUAAAUUUUUGGUUGGCCAGUGCAGGAUCGACCCUGGACCUUGGUGUUACCAGCACCACACUCUAACCAGCCAGCUCCCAAAUAGCCUUUGGUGUAAAGGGCAGUGGAGGCUGCGGGCUCUACUUAAGGUGCUGCUAAAGCCUCUAAUCAGGUCUAAAAUGUGUCGUAAACUGCAGUGGAAAGAGUAUGGUUUCCGCUUGGCUACAGGAUUCACUGAUCUGUCCUUAUAAAUUCAAAACAGUGUGAGCAAAACCUCAUCAAAAGCCCAUUUAAGUUUUAUGGAUCUUGCAUGAUCUUUGAUAAGAAUUCCUUAUAUACUUGUGUCCCAGAUUUUUAGGUAUUGGACGUUCUGUAGAUGCAGCGAUUGUCCCAGCUAGCUCGAUUAUCAACCUUUUGGUGUGUCUUUAUGUUGUUCAUUUGGAGAAUCAGGGCAAAAGACAGGUGAUAUAGCACUUCUGUUUUUAAUAAUUACAGCUUAAAAUAUCCAGUUGUUUUUAGUUCUUAAAAGGGACACGAAGAAGCUACCCAGGAGUACCGAAAAGUGUCUUUCCACCUAAUGAGACAGUCUGGCAAUUAAUUUCCUAGUUUUGAGUCUGGUUCAAUAGAAAUAUUUCAAGGUGGUAUGUGACCACUUGGUGCAGAGUCUGGGUUUCUCUGUAAUGAAUCCCUUUGCCAAAUGCAGGACAUGCAGACUUUCUCCUGGCAAGAUUGAAGCAGAUGGCUGAGUAAAGCUGCCCUGAUGUGGGAGUGCUUUCCUGCAGGAGUUCAGUCUUGGUGAAAGUGUCAGAAAUUGGACUCGUAGGAGGGUUAUCAUAUCUCUUGACGGCACCUGCCAACCACUUCUGGGCAAUAAUGUUGGCAUUAUUUGAGGUGGCCAGGCGGAUGUCCUGCCUUCUGACAUAUUUGGAUGAAUAGCUGAACCACCCAAGGGGAAGUGGGAUGAUUAAAUGAGAAACAAGGGGAUUCUUGGUUAAACUGAAGGCUUUAUUUGGGAACCAAAAACCUUAACAGAUAAUCUCUUGGACCUUGAGCCACAUAUUUUCCCUGAAAAGUAUGCAUUUUUUCCCCAGCAAGAUCUUAUUGGGGGUUAUGCAUUGAAGAAUGAGCUAAGACGAAUACAUGGAGGUGUUAUUUAAUGGCAUACUGUACCAGAAAUCUGAAGACCUGCAGCAGAUUUAAAUUCCAACCCUUGUUAUAACUUUUUAAAAGAUUGUGAAAUUAUCAAAAUGCACAUGAAUCAAGUUUUAAUAAACUGUAUGAUGGGUGGAUGAGGCUGUCCAGUGUAUCAUUUCUUUGAAUUCUCAGGCACGGUUUGGCAGUGCAAGAACUCUGUAACAUUAACAAAUUCAAUAAAAAGUCAAUAUCUGGA